UGUUUUCCAUUAGAUGAUAAAUAACCAAAGCUAACUUCCCCAUUCCCAAACCUACUCCCUUCUUCUUGGCAGCCAAAACUCAACGCUGACGGUGUUUACAAAGAAACCCUUGAAAUCGACAACUAAACCCUCGUAAACUUCAAAUAUCUGAUACUACAUUUCCAUUUAAAUUUAUACUGUAACCAGAAACAAGCUUCUGUUAGCUUCUUAUAAAAAUGGUUUUGAAGUCAAUAGUUGCAUCAGCGAGCGAUCUAAGUGUAGUGAGUGUUGCUGGGAACGCUCCGCUCGAAUUCAAGAAUCGGGUUUUUGGCGGCCGAGUCACCAGCCUCGGAUUUCGUUUUAACAGAGGGAGAUGGAAGGGGAAUGAAAGGUUUGACUUUAAGGUUCGUGCUGCUGUGGGAGUGGGGAGUUCAAAGAGUAAGGCUUUGCAGGGAAAUUCUGGAUUGGAUGUGGUUUCAGAGGGAGAGUUAACGGUAAAGGGGUUUGCGGGGUUGCGGAAGACCAAACUCGUUUGCACAAUUGGUCCUGCUUGCAGCUCUUUGGAGGAACUUGAGAAUUUGGCCUCCGGAGGCAUGAAUGUUGCCAGGCUCAACAUGUGCCAUGGCACCAGGGAGUGGCACCGUGAUGUGAUUAGGAAGAUCAAGAAGUUGAAUGAGGAGAAAGGGUUCUGUGUUUCUGUGAUGAUUGACACUGAAGGUAGUCAGAUUCAUGUAGUUGAUCAUGGAGCCUCAUCCUCGGUUAAAGUAGAAGAAGGUUCAAUUUGGCAUUUUACUGCUGAGCAUUUUGAGGGUUCUCGCCCAUUCACAGUACAGACAAACUAUACAGGUUUUUCUGAAGAUAUUGAAGUUGGUGAUGAACUUGUUAUUGAUGGUGGAAUGGCUUGCUUUGAAGUCGUUGAAAAGAAAGGAAAUGAUUUGCAUUGUAAGUGCAUUGAUGCUGGUCUUUUCCUUCCUGGAGCCAAAUUUAGUUUCUGGAGAGAUGGAAAGCUUGUGAGGAGGAAUUACAAGCUCCCCACUCUAUCAACAAAGGAUUGGGCUGGCAUUGACCUCGGUAUAGCUGAGGGUGUUGAUUUUUUUGCCUUAUCCUUUGUCAAUCACGCUGAUUCUGUUAAGGAUCUAAAGAACUACCUCUCCACGAAGUCAACCAAAUCCAUUAAAGUUUUGUCGAAGAUAGAAAGCUUAGAAUCUCUUCAUAAACUUGAGGAAAUAGUGCGAGCUUCUGAUGGAAUCAUGGUGGCCCGGGGUGAUCUUGGGGUCGAAAUACCACUUGAACAGAUUCCUACAGUCCAAGAGGAUAUAAUUUACGUAUGCAGACAACUAAACAAGCCAGUGAUUGUAGCUUCUCAGCUUCUUGAGUCAAUGGUCGAGUAUCCAACCCCAACACGUGCCGAGGUAGCAGAUGUUUCUGAAGCAGUUCGACAGUACGCUGAUGCUUUGAUGUUGUCUGGUGAAUCAGCUAUUGGGUCAUAUGGGCGUAAAGCUUUGGCAGUCUUGGAUAUGACUAGCAGUAGAAUGGAAUCAUGGAAUCGGGAGGAGAACAAGCAGAAUCUUCUCAACCAUCACCAACUUGGAGCAGAAUUGCCAGAAUGCAUCACUGAGCAAAUAUGUAAUUGUGCCGUUGAAAUGGCCAACAACCUUGGUGUGGAUGCCAUCUUUGUGUACACGAAGCAUGGACACAUGGCAUCACUUCUAUCACGCAACCGCCCAAAUCCUCCUAUCUUUGCCUUCACCGACGAUGAAAGUACCCGCAUGGCUCUGAAUCUGUUAUGGGGGGUUGUACCCCUUCUGGUUGAUUUAUCAGAUGAUGCUGAAUCUAACAUCUCAAAGUCAGUCCAACUUAUGGAAUCCAAAGGAUUGAUCAGACAAGGAGAUAUUGUUCUAGUGGUCUCGGAUAUUGCUCACACACGAUCCUCUCCUAUGGCUCUCCAAUCAAUUCAGGUGAAGACUAUUGCCUAAAACGCAAGGUUGCAAAAUAUUGAGGGACACGUGUCCAUUUAUUUUCUAGGCUUGGAUAGUAUUGUAUUAUUGGUUUCUUGUCCUCAUGUAAAACAAAGUUCAUAAAUUCUUAUCUGUAGAACUCUAGCUAGUUCUGAAACCCUUUUCAAAAGAUGCUUGUGAAUUACACUUCGUGAAUUGCCCAUUAUAAUUAACUAAGAAAAUUGCACUA